CCGGACUAUACGGACGACCCUGUUUUUAUGGUUCAGCCUGCGAUAGUUCAAAUUGUUACACUUAGGAAACAAGAAUCUUACAGCAACCGAUCGACGGGCCCUAGGUUUUCGCAGGAUGAAGCAGGCUGCAACCCCGGCGUUCGCCGGCAAGUGGGCGACUAUGAACCCGGCUCUCACCCCUUGGGUUCUGGAUACUAUCCACCAUACUUUCAACUUUGAAUCUCUUACGCCGAUUCAAGCCUCCCUCAUCCCGCUCGCCAUCACUAAAAACAAGGACUUUCUCAUCGAGGCCAUCACCGGUUCGGGCAAGACGCUUUCAUACGUUGUGCCUAUCCUGGAAAGGCUCAUCAAGAGAGAAUCUGCUCUGGCCUUGGAAAGAAGCAGCUCAACAGAGUCUAGCGGAGGCGGUCUGCGCAAGGGAUUGAAGAAGAAUGAGGUUUUUGCCAUGGUGAUCGUGCCUACGCGAGAACUCGCGGUUCAGGUCUGGGAGGUCUUUGAGAUUUUUUUCGAGGCUCUUCGAAAAGCUGCCGUCGCAGAGAUGAAGGAUACGACCUCCAAAUUCGAAGGAGACGGACCCGAAGAGCCUCUGGCCGGUGAAGCGGAGCAACAAACGAUCAUCGAGGCCACCUAUCCUUCGCCUCUCCUGCUCGUUUCCGGUCAAUCACAGUCUCGAUCUACUACGACAAAUCCUCCUCCAGCUCCCAUCAUCAUCUCUACGCCAGGACGUCUGGCAUCUUACAUGACCAGUAUGACGUCUUCCAGCAGCAGUGCAUCGACAUCCGCUUAUGCUCGAGCCAGGAGGGCACUGUCUCUGGACCAGUUCGAGGUCCUCACGUUGGACGAGGCGGACGGUCUGCUCUCUAGUAAAGACCACCUGAAGAACCUCGAGGUCAUCUGGAAGGCUCUUCCUCGUCAACGCAGGAAUUGGUUGUUCAGUGCGACGAUGAUGGACCUGCUGUCUGAGCGGAACGCAAACGGACAAGUCGGACUAGGUGCUCUCGGAGGUGGAGCAGGGCUCGAGUUGGCGGGGUUGCGAAACCUCACUCGGGUUGUCGUGAGGGUGGAAGCCAAAACCAAGAAGCGCAAAGCUGGCGAGGGAGAAGAGGAAGAUGAGGAGACGUCGAGAAAGAAGGGGAACAAGAAGGAGGAGCGUAGGACACCACUGAUGCUGCAGAACACGUACCUGACCUGCCACCAAGCAGAGAAGACCUUACAACUGAUAAGGCUGCUUCUCAAGCAAACCAAGGAGGACGAGUCUGCCAAGUUCAUCGUCUACUUCGCCACAUGCGCAGCCGUGGACUACUUUUACAAUGUUCUUAAACGUCUUCCGGUACUCUCAAAUUUUCACCUCUGCUCUCUGCAUGGCCACCUGCAACCGAAUAUCCGUACCAAUACCCUCGCCUCAUUUACAACCCACCCCUCGUUGCCAACAAGUCCAGCGGUACUACUGUGUACGGAUGUUGCGGCUCGAGGUCUCGAUCUUCCGGACGUCGACGUUGUCCUUCAAUACGAUCCACCGAGCGACCCGAAGAGCUUUAGCCACCGUGCGGGACGCACAGCACGGAUGGGACGGCGCGGCAAAGCCGUCGUGUUGCUUGCCAAGGGAUGUGAAGAGGAAUACAUCGAGUUUUUGAAGCUUCGAAAAAUACCUCUCACGAGGCAUCGAUACCUCAUGGAUUCCGACGAAGCUACCGAGGCAAACAGCGAAACAAAGACAUCUCGAGAUACGGUGGAUGCGAAAACUUUCGAUUUGAUGGAGCAGAUGCGAGAUAUUGUUAUCAAGGACAGAGCAUUGAACGACAAGGCCGCGAAAGCUUUCGUCUCGACGAUACGGGCUUAUUCCAAGCACGAAGCGUCUUACAUCUUUCGCCUCAAAGCACUGGACAUGUUCGGCAUGGGAAUCAGUUACGGCCUGCUGAGAUUGCCAAAAAUGCCUGAAGUGAAGGAGUGGCGGGAGCGCGUCAAGAAGCAAAAAGAGACUCAAGAAGCGGAUACCGAGGUGCAAGCAACCGGUGGCGUAGAUUGGACAGAUCGAGAAGUCGAUUGGGACAACUUCGGAUACCUCGAUAAGGCUCGAGAGGUUCAUAGACAACAGGAAAUGGCUACCGCAGCCGAAAAGCGCGAGGAGACGAAUGCGCAACGGCGGAAAGAAGCGGAACUGAGGCAGGCCAACGCCAAAAAGUUCGAAGCAUGGUCACAAAAGGUCGAGCAAAAGGAAAAGAAGCUCCUGCGACGAGAGAAGAAGGACCGCAAGAAAGACUGGGAGGCGAAAGAGGAGAAGCGGUUAUUGGAGGAAGGUGGAGGGUUGGCCGGGACACCCCGGGCUGCUCUACAUAAGAAGAAGCAAGAACAGAAGCCGACAAUCGCAUCUCCCGUGGAAUUGAAGCCAUCCGUAGCAUCGGACGGCUCGGAGGACGCGUCUUCCGAAGAAGCAAGUGAUCUCGAGGAGGACUAUAAGGAGGUCAAGAAUGAGCGGACCAAGAGGCACCGGCCAACAGGCGGGAUGGUCGGUGGCGGCAUGUUUGACGACAUGCUGUGACCCUGGAGAUCGCCUUGAGCCGCUACAUAGCGUGCCUGUAUACACUGUAUCUAGAAUUCGAGAGUUGUAUAUGUUCUGCCACGUUUGCCGGUCGACCACAGACUGCAAAUUUCACAAUCAUUCGACUUGCUA